UUGCAGGUCCACGGCUUAGCUGGCUCUCUGGUGUGCGAUUGUGUCCUUGGAGCGGAUGUGGGCCAUGAUGUCCUUGUACUUCCAGGAAGCCAGCCCAGCCGUGGGCAGACCUAACCUGAAAGCAAAAUCUCUCCAUGUCUUGAACACUGGUGGGGGGUCCCAGCAAUAGGGCACAGUGUGGUCGAUGGUGCUGAGUCCGAGGGUUCUGAGAAUGGCGGUGGCAAAAUACAGUUCAAAGUAGCUGGCUUUCCUGUCUGUCUUGAGGAUGUUGGUGACGAAGUUGGAUAGUCCCUGUGCCCUAAUGAUAUUAAGAUGAUGAUCUUUGGCAAAGGGAGUGGGAUGCUAGUAGUAAGGGGAGGCAAUUGUAUUGCGUGCACCAGUUAGUAAAGAAAGAGGUGGGGAGUAUGGGAUGUAGGAGAGAGGAAGUUGUGUGGAGUAGACUACGGUUUGGGCACACAGGUUUGAAUGUCACGUUGUGGAUGAUAGGGAGACAUGAAACAGGUCUGUGUGAUGGGUGUUUAGUGGAGGAAACGGUGGAAUGUGUUGAUAUUUUGUGAACAGUAUGAUGUAGAUAGGGAAAGAUUGUGUUAAAGGGUUAGAGAGGCUGGACGGGGUUGGGGUUUGCGCCGUGUAGUGGGGGGAGGGAAGUGGUGUCUAGGGCUCUAUAUCACUUUCUUAGCUGAACAUGAAUAAUAAAGAGAAUUUAAUGUAGGUAAGCCGUGACUGGCCUCACACUCCAGUACAGUAGGUGGCGAUGCAUGCACCUUAAAAGUUGGCUGCGAUCUGCCAACCCAAUCCCGAAAUAGAAGAGCGCAACGACCAGAAGAGCAAUCCAUGGCUUCUUCAGACGUCUUUGUUGCUGCUGCUCGCAAAUGUCUACGGGUUGGAAAGAAAGUCUUCUCCGCCACUGUGAGUCUGAACCUGGCUGCUCAGGUCCUGGCUGUGGACUUGGGCCUGAAGCCCGCUCUGCUAUAUGACAGUAAUACAGCAUCUGCAGAGCAGGUCCAACAGUAUCUAAACUCUCUGCAGGCUGCACAACUUGUGUCCAAAUCUCUCCAGACAGUGGUCAUCAGUGAGAAUUCCUUGAUUGUGAACCCAUCCCUAACUAUAGCAAACCUGGAGGAACUUCUCUUGAGGAGGACUGUGACUGUGGUGGAUAUAUGUCACUCACUGGAGCAGCCUGCCGUCACUGAGCUACAGUGGGGAGCUAUCAGGGACAUGAUUCAGGCAUUACUUGCUCAUAUUAGACAGUUUGGGCAACAUUCUGCGAUGAGAAAUGGCCCUCACCGAAUCGAAAAGAGACAUUGUGAGGCAUGGAAUCUGUGUACUCUCUUUGGGAUUCUAUUGGGCUACCCCUCCACAUACUGGUUUGACCAGAGCAGGAGCUUUGAGAACUGCCUAGCUAUGUCUCCGCUGGUGGUGACCAAGGCUGUGGCGUCCUGGCAGGGUGGUGUUGCGGGUCACAGGUGUUGCCUGUAUUCCUUCAGCACCCCAGAGGUGCUGCAGGCAGAGACUCUGUCAGUGAUGGCUAGCUGGACUACACAACUUCAGGAACGAUUUAAGCAGCAGACUGUCUUCUCUGGACUCAGUGUGACCAGAUCAACUGUCACCUUACCUUCUGUGGCUCUAUGAUUAUAAUGGCACUUUGUGGAUGGAUAUUGUAGGAAAAAAAUUCAGUGACACUAUUUGUAUUUUGGAUAUUGUCUGUAAAACAAUUGAUAAGCAAACAUUGAAGGACUUGUUCAUGUUUACAAAUGUAAAACUGAUUUACAUAAGAUGUUUUAUUAAUUUAAAAUGUAAAUCCCCUCAUUUGGUAAAUGCAUUUGUGAGGGAAGUUUACACCAAUGACUACAUCAAGCAUGUGGCUACAAACUUGUUGGAUGCAUUGUAGUUUGUUUUGGUUGUGUUUGAUUGUUUUU